AUGGAGCACAUAGUGUUGAAAACUCUGCUGCCGGUAAACAAUAUAAAACAUCCUUUCUACAGGUGUGGCCAUUGCCAAAGAUUAACACCAGACUGGAAAAAAGCUGCCACUGCUUUAAAAGGUGUUGUUAAAGUUGGUGCAGUGGAUGCUGAUCAACACAAGUCUCUUGCUGGUCAAUACAACAUCAGAGGGUUUCCCACAAUCAAGGUAUUUGGUCUGAACAAGAACAAGCCAGAGGAUUAUCAAGGUGCCAGGUCAAGUCAAGCAAUUGUAGAUUCGGCUCUCAACUCUCUGAAGUCUAUGGUCAAGGACAGACUGGGUGGAAAGACUGGUGGAUCUGAUCAUGGGAGACAGAGUAGUGGAGGAAGCGGUAGCAAGAAGGAUGUCAUUGAGCUGACGGACGACAACUUUGAUAAGACCGUCCUUGAUAGCGAGGACAUUUGGCUGGUAGAGUUCUUCGCACCUUGGUGCGGUCACUGUAAAAACUUGGAACCAGAGUGGGCGGCUGCUGCCACAGAUGUGAAAGAGCAGACAAAAGGCAAAGUGAAGCUGGGAGCUGUAGAUGCUACAGUUCAUCAGAUGCUAGCUAGCAGAUACGGGUUUUUUCCCCAGAUCCUCAACGAAGAUGUUUUAAAGAAGACCUGUGAAGAUUAUCAGCUCUGCAUCAUUGCUGUUUUGCCUCACAUUCUUGAUACAGGUGCUGCUGGCAGAAAUGCAUACUUGGAUGUCAUGAUGAAAAUGGCAGAAAAAUACAAGAAAAAGAUUUGGGGGUGGUUGUGGACGGAAGCCGGAGCUCAGAUGGAUCUGGAAGCCUCGCUGGGGAUCGGGGGCUUUGGCUAUCCAGCCAUGGCAGCUAUCAAUGCCAGGAAAAUGAAGUAUGCCCUUCUGAAAGGCUCCUUCAGCGAAACUGGGAUCCAUGAGUUUCUCAGGGACCUUUCCAUGGGACGUGGAUCCACAGCGACAGUGGGAGGAGGAGCACUUCCCAAGAUUAAUCCCGUGGAGCCUUGGGAUGGCAAAGACGGAGAGCUUCCUAUGGAAGACGAUAUUGACCUGAGCGAUGUGGAGCUCGAUGACCUUGAGAAGGAUGAGUUAUGAGAGUACUGUACCCAUUUCUUCAAGUCUGGGUUUUUUGGUGAACCAGGAUCCACAUAUUUAAAAGACUUUAAAAGGCUUUAUUUCCAUCCCUCUAUCAAACCAGGAUUAGUGAAUCCAAACCCAGCAAAGGGUUUUAAGGCAGUGUUGUUCUGCCAACUCCUGUCUUAGGGAUAAGUGGAACAUUUAUUUCAAUGGACUGGCAAUUUUUCUUCUUUUUUUUUCCCCCCUGAAGGAGGGGAAACUUUGAAAAUGCACUGUCCACUUGUUCACAAAAUGCUGGUGCUUUAAACUUGCUGAUAUCUGGACUGACCCUUCACAAACCCAAACCCAGAGAAAAUCCUAAUUUAUUGUGAAAUUUGGAUUAUCAAGUGUACCAUCCCCUUUUUAAAAUAAUUUGUUUCCUGCUGUAACUUUAAACAAAAUGAGGUCUUGAGUAUGAAUGUCUACUUCCAGUUUUAUGUGCGGUCACUAAAAGACAAUGAGGGAAUGUGGGAAAUGCAUUGUAUAUUUUUUACUACCUAGCUGUCAACAUUUGAUUGUGAAUACUGCAUUUUUGUUUUGAAAAAAAAGUUAACUUCUCAAAA